GGACUUUGACUCGUUCUCGCCGCGGCAAAGGGAAACCCCGGAUUGCGCAAUUGAGCUACCCUUUGUCUUGGACUUCGACUAUCUCCGCCUCUUUCCAUUGUCGGAACUUUGUUUGUUGAUGUGAUACCCUGUUUUUAGGAUUUCGAUGUCGCUAUACAUUAGUUCCUGUGUUGCUGAAGGCUUACGUGUGCACAUCUUCACUUAUCCCGUCUGAUCGGCCUGUGAAAGAUAGUUGGACUCCUGGAUUGCCAAACCUUCUAAGCUGUCCUACAUCAAACUUUUUUCCAGACCCGCAUUACGAUGUGUCGUGGUCAAUCUUUCUGCCAUGUCCUCAGCAGGGCGUCGCUUCUGCUGCUCAUUUCGCUCUCGGUUUGGCUGAUCGGAGGGAGCACUCAGAAACAUCAGACUUUAGCCUAUGCUGUCGAUGCUGCUGGGAGGAGUCUGGUCAGCAUAGAGGUUGCCAAAGAUGUCAGCUGUCUUUUUCCAGAGCUAGAAAAGGAGUGCGCAGUGAAGCUCAAAAUAAAGCGGAGUGGUAGUCGGGGACGCAAUCGAAAGGAACGCGUUGAUGAAGGAGGCACCAAGGAACGCGUAGAAGUGAACCGGCAGGACGAAGCAAAGCGAGAUGAGAAAGCGAAUCUGAGCAAGAAACUUCGCCGUCACCUUAGGCGCGAUCCCGAACUCUACGAAAUCCUCAUUAAUAAUACGUAUGGUGUAAACAGCACAGGAGAAUCCAUUUCCGAGCCCCACUGUGCCCUACAUCUCCAGUAUGUUGUCGUCGUCCGUGACAUAGUUUCUCUCGAUUCAAGCCAACGGAGCGAAUUGAAGUUUUAUGUCAACAAGCGAGACGAAUUAAGAUUCUACUCUUGCUAUCCCUGCCGUGUUUGUCCCCCGGGAAUACCUCUACUGCUUCCCUGUCACGGGAGAAGCAACACGCUGUGCGAUGACUUCGGUGUCAAGCGCGAGAACUCUGACGAGGUGGUCGACGCGGACAAUUUGGAUUGUGUACCACUUGUCUCGACUGACCCCGGUAAGACCACGGCAAGCCAGCCUUUGCCCACAACAAGAGUGACGUCCACGAGAACAGGAUUUCAUUUUCACAUUCCGAAGCUUGGUAAUCGCGAUGAUCUACCUGCAGUCAAUCGUGAAGUAGAUCUACCAUCGUCUUCUCCGCAUCAUAAACCGACGGGGACGCGCAUCACCAUCAUAACAGCUGGAGUUGUCUUUUUGAAUGUUCUCUUCCUUUUUAUGUUAAUUAUCACAGCAGUGAGGUGACGUAUAGUACUUUCUUUCACAUUUAUUUCCUGUCUAGGUGUACGAAAUAUGCUUAUGUUCUGUGUCAGCCCCUCCCCCUUCACCCGAAGCGGGUCAUAGUACACUUCCUUUUACACAUCGAUGCAAAGGAGAAAAUUAAUUUUAAAUUUGUAUCAGAGCAACUUGCUUAGACGAUUUUAAACAAGUUUCCCUUAUCAUUUGCUAUUCUUUUUCCGUUCCAAGAUGUCACAAGGGGUUAAAAUAUAGGAUUAAGUACACAAAGACGCAUCACUGCUACGGAAGCAUCAAUAAUGAGUCCUCAGCUCAUCAACUGGGUCUCACACCAUCAUCAAGACAUCAAGCAACGUCUCCUCUGCCAUCAAUUAGCAACCAGGUACAUGUAAAUAAGAGACAAAUCAUCGCAGGUGUCGACCGAAACACCAGACAAGUAGUCUAGUGGAGAGUUCCUUGUCAGCUUGCAAUUCCAGGGAAUCCUACUCUGAGGUACCUCUGGUUGAGGUCCAUCGAUCCAAGGAGAACAACUUGAAUGUCUUCCGUGAGCCUAGUUUAUACGAGCAAGGCGCCCAAACAGUUUCUGCACCCCCUGCGGAAGACGUUGGCUCACCUGCUCCCAUUCAGGUCCUCCGCGGAAAAGAUCCUUUCUGGUUGGUCAUGAUUGGUCGGUUUGGUCCAGAAGGGGGCAUCCUGUCCUGUGAAGACUCAGAUGUCAUCCUAGAGAUCCCCCAAGGUGCUAUUCCAGCCGAACACCAAGAGCAGCUCAUCAUUGCGAGGAUCUCGCUGUGUCCGCACUCCAUUGGGCCCAAGAUUAGAGACCCCAGCGCCUUGUGGCUCACCCCUCUGGUAGAAAUGGAAUCUCCCGGUCUUGAGAAGUUCACGAGAGAUGUCAAAAUACGGCUUCCGCACCGUGCACGAUUGCAGCCAGGUUGGACCUUUAUUGUACAUUUCACAGAUCCCACCGCUGACACCAAUGACGUCUCGCUCUCUGAUCCAACUCCAACCACCUCUUCUCAAGACCCUGAAGCUACCGCGUUUCUUCGUGGUGAGGACGCGAACGCCAAGUCAAAGUGGGGUUGGGUAGAGAAGAGGUGGCACUCAGGAAAAGCAGACAGGCACUCCAGAGAUUCAAGUCGGGUAAAUUUUAAAGUGGAUGAGAAGUACAUUAACAUCUCAACUUCUCAUUUCUCGGAGUAUGUCUGCACAGGGUGCAAUGAGAAGCAUCCUCUGAACCUAGAAGUUGUUGUCUACUGGAAACACUUCAAGGUCGAAGGUCACCAACAAAUGGACCUUAAUGUUUACAUCAUUGACACCAUAAAGGACACACGCAAAGCUAACGUGGAGAAGAACGAAAGGGCGAGCAAAUGCGUGGGUGCCCAAAGUGGAAUGACGGGAUAUUUCCCUCUUAAACUGGAAUACAAAUCUGGUGAACCUUCAUGGCUCGCCAUCCAGGUUGACAAGGAAAGCAUGGGUGCCGACUGGAAAUGGAUGCUACAAACCUUCCAAGGACUCCACCCUGCACAGCGAGUGAUGUCCGUUGAAUCAGUCAUCCGAUGCUGCUGUUCUCCCCUCUUGUCGGCCCGGGAGAUGUUCUCCUUCCAUCCGAAGAAUCUCGACAAUGGCGAGUUUCUUACUUUCUUCCAAGCGAUGGUCCGAAUCAAGAACACCAUGCCCGAGGCUGAUCUUGUGACGCCAAUCCUCGUCACCGCACCUCUUUCAAAGAGACCCACGCAAAUUUCCAAGAACAACAACAAUAUGCCAAUGAGCAUAGAAGAUAUAAUCACAGAUGACCACGUGGAGUUCAUCUCCGGGCUACUGCCCUAUGACAAAUGGCGACCGCUAUACCGUAAGCUGAUGGGAAAAGGCGCCAAAAACGGCAUCGACCACAUCGUUGAGAGUAACCCUCACGACCCCCGUGAGCAGAUCCACUGCGCCCUCUCGGGUUGGAAGAUGAGCCGAGGUCGCGAAGCGACGGUAGAGAUACUCCUUGCAGCACUGGGAAGUUUAGGCCUCCAAGACGUUGCCGAUGAUCUGCAGUUGUUUGGGGCAGAGGAGGUUACCUCGAACGAGCUUCCAGCAACCUCCAAUGCUGGCCCAGUGUUCAUGGAAUCUCAUCUUUGAGCAUCCUGUAAACAGGUUUACUUCUUGACGUUUGAGUGUUACUAUAAGCAGUCUAAUUUCCACAUACUCCAGUAAUUCGGAGCUAGCCUCUUCCUUAAUGCUGCCCUAAAUGCCGUUUUGAUGGUUGACGUGUUCAAAGUCCCUCCCAUGCGAGCAGGUUCAGAAGGUGCAACAGUAACAUGGGACUAUAUACAGAAACUUGUAACCCCUGGAAUAACUUUUAACCAACCGUCUUUAACGACUGCAUGACGGUAAGCGUUUGUAACUCCCGAUUGUAUAGGCUCUAACGUCAGGGUUUUGAAUGUGCUAGCUGGUUGCAUAUGUUUUGACCUUGGGCAGGCCAUGUUAACCUUAUCAGCCUCGAUGUGCACCAAGGAAUUUAGCAUCAGUAAUGGACUCUGAAAUUGCAGGAUUGGGUUACACUCCUAAGUGUAAGAUUGCUAGAGGAAGGUUUUGUGACUCUCAUGAUCACUCUGCACAAAGAUAUCAAAUCAGCACCUUUGAAUGGCAAAUAAUUUUCAAAAAUCUGUACACCUAACAAAAAUAAUGCUCUGUUUUUUUUCUCAGGCGCAUAUGCUUAAUUAUUCGUGAGUUUGAUACCUUUACUAUGGAACAAGUUUUAAAUCAAAGCGACAUCGCUUGGUGUCAUUUUCAUUAAUGCAGCUGUAUUAUGAUAUCUGCGCUUGCGGCAGUUUUAUUUUUGCUGUUAUACAUUCGAAGAAGAGUAUUUUUUAAAACCUAUAAACUUAUUUUACUCAGAGGAAAAGUAGCACUAAUUCUAGAUUUACUGAUUAAUAAGUUUUUGUUUUUUGCUUAUUGAAUGGAAUAGGCCUAUAUAGGCCUAGAGAGUUUAUUAUACCGCCGUCCAUGCUAAUAAUUAUUGUGUGAUCACGAAGCAAGUGAAGAAGUCCUUGUUUGUUAUUUUGACGGGACUUUUUCUGUUGUUUUUUUGAUGAUUGAUUUGCCGUCGGUGCAUAUAACCUUUGUUAUGGGUAUCAUUACAAAAUACCGCGUGACUGAUUGGCAAAAUAAUCUGUCUGUAAGUGUAAUGCGCUAGAUAAUGCUAAUCGUCAUCGAAAAAUAGCUCACGUUACAUGGUAUAAACUUUUUUUGCUGUGGAAUUCGUAGGAAAUUAAAGUUACAUUCGCUUAAAAUGCCGAAA